GUGAAAUUUUCAACAAAUCAACAAAUCGACAUCUGCAGAGUCUUAACUAACGAUUAGUGCAAACUAAAGUUAAUCAACCACAACAAACAACCCAACUCAAACACAAAAACCAUCACAACAAACAUGUCCAACAGGGCAACGAUAACAAAAACUACAGCCGAUGAGAUUGAUAAGAUACGUCUUAAUCUGGCCGAUGAUUGGAAAGUGCUGCGCGUUGUCUAUGAUUUGUUGCAUAACGAGAAAGCGUUUUGUGUGUCCGAAGCGGAUCGCGACGCCGUAAAAAUUGUACACUUUAUGCAGCCAGACGAAUUGAGGGUAUGGCCUUGUCCUGGCCCGCUACAGCCGUCAUCCGGACAUCAAGACCGCUGGCAUGUUUGGCAUGCGUCCACUUGUCCUCUUCACAUCUGAAGAAUCGCAUUAUAGUUUCAUCAAAGCCGCCCAUUGGCUGGGUUUAGGCGCCGAUAAUUGUGUGGUCGUUAAAACAAAUGAAUAUGGUCAAAUGCUGCCAACCGAUUUGGAGGCGAAGAUUGUGAAGGCACAAGAGGCGGGCCAUGAGCCGUUCUUUGUGAAUGCUACCGCUGGCACCACGGUGUUAGGGGCAUUCGAUGAUCUCAAUGCAACAGCCGAUGUGUGUGAGAAAUAUGGAUUGUGGUUGCAUGUGGAUGCAUGCCUAGGUGGUUCAGCUCUUCUAUCCUAUCAGAAUCGUCACCUGCUGGCCGGCCUUGAGCGCACAAACUCUUUCGCUUGGAAUCCACACAAAUCACUCGGUGCUCCACUACAAUGUUCGCUCUUUAUCACGCGCGAACGUGACCUACUCUCGCACUGCAAUAGCACACAAGUAAAUUACCUCUUUCAGCAGGACAAAUUUUACGAUGUCUCCUAUGACACAGGCAAUAAGAGUAUACAAUGUGGACGCAAAAUUGAUGGAUUUAAAUUUUGGCUAAUGCUGAAAGCUCGUGGCUAUGGUAGUUUUGGACGGCUUCUCGAUCAUGGAAUAAAUAUCUCGAAAGUGCUAAUUAAGAAAAUAAAGCAACGUGGAAGCGAUCGUUUUCGUUUGGUUCUGGAUGAUUUUCAAUACAUGAACGUUUGCUUUUGGUACAUACCGAAGGCGUUAAGAGGUCUCGAGGAAACUGAUGAGUGGCGGGAACGGCUAUUUACGGUUGCGCCCAAGAUUAAGGAGCGCAUGGCUUAUAGCGGCACAGUGAUGAUCGGAUACACGCCAUUGCAAUAUCGCGGUUUGGGUAAUUUUUUCCGCAUGGUUUUCACUUGUUUUCCCGUAUUAGAAGAGCCGGAGCUUGAUUGUAUUUUGGACGAAAUUGAGCGCUUGGGUGAAGAGUGCGAGUAUUAGUUCAAUAAAAUGAGAUUCGUUAUGAUUUAAGAUUUGUUGUACACAAAGUGAUUUUGGAAUAAAAGAAAUAAAAUACUCGUAUUUCAUAAA